AUGCGGAGCACAGGCAGUUUAGCGUUGAUACUGAUACUUGUUUUGGGAGCAAUUGUGGUGAAUCGGUGGCAGCGAAAGCCCAAACUUCCCAAAGUUCCCAUCUUGAAGCUAUCCCCUCUGCCUGGCAAAGCGGGAGUAGCUGAGGACGUGGCAGCCUUCGUUCGAAAUGGAAGGGAUGUCAUGCAAGCGGGAUAUGACCAGUACUCCAAGCACGGUCAAAACUAUCUCCUGCGGACUCCCUGGGGCUUCAUGCUCGUGUUAGCUCCGCGGUUCAUCCAGGAGAUGGUCUGGAUGCCGGAUGACAAGUUGGACAAUCAACCUACGCACAAUGAAAUUCUUCAAACGCGAUAUACCAUGCAUCCGACGCUGGAGGAGGAUCAGUAUUAUCUCGAAAUUGUGCAAAAGCAAUUGACGCGAAAUCUAGGACCGGGCCUUCCAGAUCUGGUUGAUGAAGCAAAACGAGCUUUCCGCGGGCAGAUUGGUGACUGCACGGCGUGGAAAGCAGUCGGCAUGUGGGACGCAGCCUUCAAGAUUACCACUCGCACCGCCAACCGAUUCUUCUUUGGCAAAGAACUCGCCAGCGACGCCGAGUUCCUCCAACUCGCAGUGAGCUUCUCUUCCACCGUCUUUGACGGAGCUAACGUGCUUCGUGUCGACUACCCCUUUCUCAAUUAUCUCCCGUUUCUCAAACCUUACUUCCUCGCCUGGAAAACCAACGUUCAAAAAGACCAUGCCCUCGCAAGAACUAAACUCCGGCCCACUCUCCGAGCCCGCAUUGCUCAAUUAGAACAACAAGAACAACGAGAAGAACAAGAACGACAACGACAACAAUACCAAUACCAAGAUCAAGAACGAAUUUAUUAUGGAAAUGAGAAGAAAUCUCCUCCCAACACCCCCAGCGAUGCCGUCCAAUGGGUCCUCGAAAUCACGCCUCCCUCCAAGCGCAACAUCGAUCACCUCGUCCACCGCAUGAUGCAUAUUACCGUCGUGGCCGUCCACACCAGCAGCACCAGCUAUCUCGACUGCAUGAACGAACUAGCCGCACACCCCGAGAUCCACUCCACGCUCCGCGAAGAAAUCCUCUCGAAAACAACAACAACAACAACUUCAACAACCCCCACCAUCUGGCGAAAACAAGCCCUUUCCAAACUCCUCCAUCUCGACUCCUUUAUGCGCGAAACUGUUCGCUUACACACUAAUGCAUCAGGUCAAUUGGAUCGCGUGGCCAUGACUGAUGUGCAACUGAGCGAUGGAUCGAUCAUUCCGCGAGGCACAUAUGUGACUGUCCCUUCGGUGGCAAUGAAUGGCGAUGCGGCCAUUUGGGGCCCGGAUGUGAAUGUGUUUGAUGCGUGGAGGUUUGUGAAGAAGAGGCAGGCGGGUGGCGGAGAGGAGGGCACGCAGCAUAGUUUUGUGCAGACUGGAGUGGAAUAUUUGCAUUUUGGGUGA